GCGUCCGCACGCACGUCUGAACCGCCCCUCUCCCGGGAGAUGUGGAAGAGCUGCGGGAGGAAGCUGCUGCUCUCGCUGGUGGGCUCCACGCUGACCUGCCUGCUGAUGCUGGCCGUGGACACGCAGAAGCGGCAGGUGCUGAGCCUGGCGGGCGGGGGGGCCGGCCUGAUCCCCCCCGAGGGGGCGCCCCGGGCGGGGGGCUUCGGCGCCUACUUCAGCCAGCUGAGCCGGGGCAAGCGGGAAGCGGCGCCGGGCGGCGCGGAGGACGGGGCCCGGCGGCGGGUGGAGGCGAUCUCGCCCCGGGACGUCUUCCUCGCCGUGAAGACCACCAAGAAGUUCCACAAGGCCCGGCUGGAGCUCUUGCUGGACACCUGGAUCGCCCGCGACAAGGAGAUGACCUUCAUCUUCACAGACGGGGAAGACGAAGAACUGAAGAAGAGAACCAAGAACGUCAUCAACACCAACUGCUCGGCUGCUCACAGCCGCCAGGCCCUUUCUUGCAAGAUGGCGGUGGAAUACGACAAGUUCAUCGAAUCGGGGAGGAAGUGGUUUUGCCACGUGGAUGACGACAACUACGUGAAUGUCCGGACGCUGGUCAAGCUACUCUCCAGUUAUCCACACACGAAGGACAUCUACAUUGGGAAGCCCAGCUUGGACAAGCCCAUCCAGGCGACCGAGAGAAUCAGCGAGAACGAGACGCACCCGGUCCAUUUCUGGUUUGCCACAGGCGGUGCCGGUUUCUGCAUUAGUCGCGGACUAGCGCUGAAGAUGAGUCCCUGGGCCAGCGGCGGUCACUUCAUGAGCACAGCGGAGAAGAUCCGCUUGCCGGACGACUGCACCAUCGGGUACAUCAUCGAAUCCGUGCUGGGGGUCAAACUUAUUCGGAGCAACCUCUUCCAUUCCCACCUAGAAAACCUCCACCAGGUGCCCAAGGCGGAGAUUCACAACCAGGUGACCUUGAGUUACGGGAUGUUUGAGAACAAGAGGAACUCCAUCCACAUGAAAGGUGCUUUCUCCGUCGAGGAGGAUCCGUCCAGGUUCCGUUCCGUCCACUGCAUGCUCUACCCGGAUACCCUGUGGUGUCCCCUGAACGUUGCUUACUGAAAGACAAGGCGUCCCCUUCCGCGAACCUCGUCCCGAGUUUCCCUGGUAUCCGAAGGGCUCGUGGGACCUGUGUGCGCAUGCGCAUG